AUGAACACCCGAAAUAGGUGGUUACGCUGGCCAGCAGAAGCUCCCGGCACAGGCACCGGCGACAGCCACACUCAUCGAACAGCAGACGCUGCCCCAAACAUGAUAGACAUGGAGAAGCUUAGAGCGUACCCUACCGCACCAUCUGCCUAUUAUGGAGAGAAGAGCCAUACCAAAUCAGAGGAGGUGGUAAACUGGAAUUCCUUGCCGCGAAAGGACCAGUUAGCCAUUCUCUUCAUAUCUCGUUUCGUGGAUUUCUUUCAGGUGGCCUCAAUGCAGGCAUAUGUCUUUUUCCAGCUCAAACACUUUAACGAACGGCUGUCAGAUGCAGAAGUAUCUCAGCAAGCUGGGAUACUGCAGGGUUGCUUCACCGGAGCGCAAGUUCUCACUGCAAUCCUUUGGGGCAAGGCAGCCGAUGCAAGGUGGUGCGGCCGCAAGCGAGUACUUCUGAUAGGACUGGCAGGCACUGCGAUAUCAUGCCUGGGUUAUGGAUUCUCGACUUCAUUUUACGAAGCAGCACUCUGGAGAAUAUUUGGAGGUGCUAUCAAUGGCACUGUUGGCAUUAUCCGGACCAUGAUCGCAGAAGUCACGGUAGAGAAGAGAUACCAAUCAAGAGCCUUUUUAAUUUUACCGAUGAGUUUCAACGUCGCAGGUAUCAUUGGUCCAGUCGUUGGAGGCUUGCUGGCAGAUCCAAUCAAGUCCUUUCCUCGGUUGUUUGGCGAAGCUGCCGUGUUCGAAUCACAAUGGAUAUACCAGAAUCCAUACGCCCUACCAAGUAUAAUCAAUGCCAUCCUUCUCGCCAUUUCGACCGUUUUAGUAUAUCUAUUUCUUGAAGAGACUCUGGUGCUCCGAAGGAGAGAUUUCGACUUUGGCCUUCAUCUUGGCCAUAAAAUUAUGGCCGAAAGAUCGCCACAUAGCAGAGAUAAUCCGUAUCGACUUAUUUCGACCGGCAAUGACAUGCCCGGCGUUGUGCAGCCGGCACAGUCACUUCGAACCAAGACGACAGCAAAAAGACUGCCUUUUAGUAGGCUCUGGACUCGGAAUGUCGUAUUCACCUUGAUAACUGGGGCUCUGUAUGAUUUCCACCUCGGGUCGUUCACCAAUAUCUGGACACUGUUCCUUUCAACUCCGAGAUAUCGAUCAAGCAACAGAGAUGUUCAAAAGCGCUCCUUACCACUGCUGUUCACUGGAGGACUGGGCAUGCCAGCAGCAACAGUCGGUAUGGCCACCUCGAUUUUGGGUAUUUUAGGAAUGGCUCUCCAGAUGUUCUGUUACCCACCCAUCCAAGCUCGGCUGGGGACUCUUCGGUCAUUUCGAUGGUUCCUUUUGCUGUUCCCGUUAGCCUACUUUAUUGUUCCCUACAUCUCAAUCCUCCCCUCGUCAACAGAGCCUCCAGCAGCGUCUGGUGGACUGUACAUAUGGGCGGGCAUAAUUCUCGCCCUAUUCCUACACACAUCGGCACGAACAUUUACCCUACCGGCUAGUAUUAUAUUGUUAAACAACUGCAGCCCGCAUCCCAGUGUCUUGGGAACCAUUCAUGGUCUUGGGCAAAGCGUCUCGGCCGGCUUCAGAACCGUGGGACCUGUGGUUGGAGGGCGAUGGUACGGCUUUGGGUUGGACAUUGGAAUGAUUGCCUGGGGCUGGUGGUGGACAGCUGCUGUAUCCAUACUGACAUGUCUUGCAGCCCUGGGGAUGCAUGACGGAAGCGGACACGAAGUUUUCUUGGAUGGAGAAAUUGAUGAGAAAUGCUGA